AUGCUAAGGCCCGUACCGUUUCUGCUAAACUCAGGCUCUCUAGUGAGCCGUCGAUCGCUGUUGAAGUCGCCACAAUGGUCACUUCUACGUCGGGUUUCGAACGACUCUUACAAGCCCAGAGCGAUACGUCCGAAUAUUUCCUCGAUCUGUACGAUUCCGAAUUUGCUUACAAUGAGCCGAAUCGCUGCAGCGCCUUUAAUUGGCCAUUGCAUAAUAUCCAACAACCUCGUUUCCGCGCUGGGACUUUUUACGUAUUCGUGCCUAACGGACUUUCUGGAUGGAUAUUUGGCAAGAAGAUAUAACAUGAAAUCUGUCGCUGGAACCGUUCUGGAUCCUAUGGCAGACAAAAUAUUGAUGCUCGUCACCACAGCGUCAUUAGCAUUUCCUCCGGGACCACAGAUUAUACCAGCCCCGCUGGCAGGUCUUAUAAUUGGUCGCGACGUCACACUUGGUCUGAGCGCCAUUUAUUUCCGAAUAGCAUCUUUAAAACACGCAUACGGGAAAGUUACCUGGAAUUCGUUUUGGGACGUUUUCAAGUUUCCCAGCGCUGAAGUGAGACCUACUCAAAUUUCUAAAUGGAACACUUUCUUGCAGAUGAUUUACCUGGGCUGGGCUGUCACAAUGAUGAUAUACCAAAAGACCUCUGAAGAAGAGACGGAAGCUGAAAAAAAUACAAGCAUUUUGUGGCGGGCUUUUGAGUAUAUGGGUUAUUUGGUAGGCACCACAACCAUCCUAAGUGGCACGUCGUAUAUUUUCAACAAGAACGCCGUAAAGUAUCUCCAAAAAGUGAAGUAA